GGGCGAGGGCGCCAAACAAAGGGGAGGCUGUGCGCGCCCCGUGCCAACCGCCGGGCGCAGUGGCGGCGGUGGCGGCGACCCCGUGGCGCUCGCGGAGCAAGGAAGGCGGCUGCAGCAGGAGGCGGAGGAGCCUGCAUGGGCAGCGGCUCCGCGAGCCGGCGCGGGGCUCCAGGCUUGAGGGCUCCUCUCGGCUAGCCGCCCCAGCCGCGCGCCAAAAUGGCCAUCGCGCACAUCGCCACCGAGUACGUCUUCUCGGACUUCUUGCUGAAGGAGCCGUCGGAGGCCAAGUACAGGGGGCUGCGGCUGGAGCUGGCCGUCGACAAGCUGGUCACCUGCAUCGCCGUCGGGCUGCCGCUCCUGCUCAUCUCGCUGGCCUUCGCCCAGGAGAUCUCGAUAGGGACCCAAAUGAGCUGCUUUUCACCAAGUUCAUUUUCCUGGCGCCAAGGAGCUUAUGUGGACUCGUACUGUUGGGCAGCCGUGCAGCAGAGGCAACUCUCGUGGGGGGAUUCCGGACACCUUCCACUCUGGCUUCAUAAGUUUUUUCCAUACAUCCUUCUGCUCCUUGCAGUCUUACUGUACCUGCCCUAUCUCUUCUGGCGCUUUACCGCCGCGCCCCACCUUUUCUCCGACCUGAAGUUUAUUAUGGAAGAACUCGACAGAGCCUACAACAGAGCGAUCAAAGCCGCUAACAGCUGCCAUAACGGGGAGCCAAGGGAUCACUCCAGCUCAUCACCUGUUAUUCUUGAGAACACCGGUCAGAGUUUGUGGGAGAUAUCUGAAAGCUACUUUAAGUACCCCAUGGUGGAACAGUACCUGAAGACAAAGAAGAGGUCCAAGCACUUGUUAAUCAAGUACAUCGUUUGCCGAGUCCUAACGCUGAUGAUUAUUCUGCUGGCCUGCAUCUAUCUGGGCUAUUACAUCAGUCUUUCCUCUAUGACCGAUGAGUUCAUCUGCAACCUCAAAACCGGGAUCCUGAAGAACGACACGUCCGUUCCGGAGCGGGUCCAGUGCAAACUGAUCGCGGUCGGUGUCUUUCAGCUGCUCAGUUACAUCAAUUUAGUUGUGUACGUGCUGUUGGUACCCGUCGUGCUUUAUGCCUUGUUGGUCCCGUUCAGGCAGAGUUCAGACAUCCUGCAGUUAUAUGAAAUCCUGCCCACCUUUGAUGUCCUCAAGGUCAAAACAAAACACUACGACGACCUGAGCCUUUACCUGCUCUUCCUCGAGGAAAACGUGAGCGAGCUUAAAUCUUACAAGUGCCUCAAAGUUUUGGAGAGUCUGAAAGGCAACGGAGAAAAGUUUGACGCGAUGCAACUCCUGAUGAAUCUCGGCAUGAUUAAAACAGACAUGGUAGACGGGAAGUCGGCGGUCAUCAAAGACGACUGUGGGAAGAAGGUUGAUGGAGAACCCACAAAGAGCACAGCGGAAUUAAAGGAUUUGGCUCCACCGACAUCAACGGGGGAGGGAGGAAAAACAAGUAAAGAAGAUGGCAAGGUUCGUCAGAGGCUUCUGGAUUCUUCUUGCUGAUGGCGCUCGAAUUGGUGAUGGGUUGAUUAUGAGAGGACUUCCCACAUACUCCAGCGUACGCCAUAUUGAACAACGGAUGGUUGCCGUCUCGCUGAGAAUGAAAGAACUGGGACUGAAGGCAAAAGAGUUUACAGACAUAACACCGUGCCUAUGUUUACAUACCCAAGCAGCCUUCUGUGUCUAAGGGCAUGCCGUUGAAUUCAUUUAUGCAAACACUGUUGUAAAAGAACACUGGGGAAAAGCUAAAGUUCAUUAUGUGAGUAGGUUCCAAAGCAGCUGGGAAAAACAUAGGAACCCGAAGGAGGGUGUGGAAAAAGAGUAAGUGUUCACAAGAUAUGAAAUUUGGGGUCAGUUUAUACAUGCUCAUUGGCAGUCUUUAAGCAGCGGCUGCACAACCACUUGUCAGGGAUGCUCUAGGC